UUCAAGAAAAUGGCUGAAAAAGGAAAAACACCGGAGCCUGAUUUGGAUUUGUCCCUUAAAAGUCCAGCAGAUCCAGAGGAACCAAGUAAUAAGGUCCUAAGCCUUGAUGAAGCAAUCGAUUUUGAAUUGAAGCAUGGUUAUGUUGACUCCAGCGUGGAUUUGAAGAAGCUUAAAAGGACUAUAUCGAAUCGAUUGUCUGCGCAAAGAACCUAUAUUAAGAGGAAUGAAUACAUUGCUGAAUUGGAAAAGAAGGUGAAAGAUCUCGAGGUAAUACAUAGAUGAUUCAUGUUGUUCGAACGAUUUUUUGAUUCAGUUAUAUUUUUUCUUGGUUGAUUUGUAAACACUAUAUAUUCAGGGUUUUUUUUUAAAAAAAAAAAACAAAAUAACUAUUUUGUUGUUAAUUACUAUUUUUCAUUUAGACACUUCAACUAAGGCAUGUACCUAUUAGACACUUUAACCUCAGUUAAUAUGUGUUUAUUGAACACAUAUUGCUGAUAUGGCACAAUUGCGUGUGAAAUGACUCUUUUGCGCUGGCUUACUCUCCCAUAUUCCUUUUUCUCUCCAUAAUACCACGCGACUCUCAAUUUUUUAGGCCUUUAAUUUUUAUUUCUCUCUUAAAUCCUGUGUUUAAAUCGGAUUCGUUUAUUGCAAAUUCAGUAUCAAAACAUCAUCAGCUCGUAUAUGCUAUAGUGGUCACUAGCAUAAUUUCCUUCACAGCUACCAUAGUCCGAAAUUACUGGUAAGCAAAAAUACAAGU